GAGCGAUCGACAUCGAAGUGUUCUCGUCGAUCGAGGAGAAGAGAGAGGAUUUUUCGAGAUACCACGUACAGCAAGAAAGGUAUCGGUCGUAGUCAGAGUCAUUUAGUCAAUCAGUGCCUUUGGAAGAAGAAGAUAAAGGUACCAGGGAAGAUGGAAAAGGAACAACCGGAUUCCUUGGCAACUGUUGCCGUCGUCUCGGAGAAGAUGCCUCAUCCGCCUCAUAGCAAUUAUGCACCCAGCGAGGUGUACUCCACUACCGAACCGCCACCGGCAUACAUGAGGCCAAAGAGUACAGCGGUUCAAAUUACAAGAAUCGCGGCUGUCACCUUGGUGACGAUGUCCGUGAUCCUUGGAAGCUUCAUCCUCGCAGCAUCCUGGGUCCAAGCUCGCGCAUCCUGCACUCCUGAAUCGAUUGCUGCGAUGCAAGCUGAACUUAGGUUGCAGCAACAGCAACAACAACCAUCAUCCAUUACAUACCAACAAGGUGAAUUCUUGAAACAUCUGCAACCAGAGGCUCUCGUUCAGGAUACCAGUGACAUGAAGGAGGUUCAGCAGUCUCUCGCUGAGCAAACACCAUCGAAGAAGGAGGUAGAGCCAGACACCAAGGACGUCAAAGUCCACAAGGAGGAUGAGAAUAAUUCAAAGUCAGACAACGAAAGCGGUGACCAUGACGACGAUGACGAUGACUACGAUGAUGACGAGUUUCCUCCCGUGCACAUCAAGCUGCCUCUUCAAUUCGAUUUUGACGAAAUUGCGGGCACUUUGAUCCAAGAGGCACGCAGCAGAGUUUCUUGCGUGGUUGAGAGACGAAGAGCUGAUCAAGUGAUGGACGGUGCUAACAACAAUAAUGUCGAAAACAGUACUGAUUCUCGCUACCAAAGACUGAGUGGAGAACGUGUCGCCAUUUUAUGCGAAUCUGGCAAUCCUCAUCAAGAGCAACAAGAUCAAGAGAUGCUUACGCCAAUCAUCAUCCCGUUGGGAACCGUCCAAGUACCACUUCAAUCUCAGGAACCCAACCCAGGUUAUCAUCAGUAUCAAGUGCACACUCAAUAUCAAGUUCCUGACAUGCAGCAGUUACCACUUAGCGAUCCACGCGGACUUAAUCACAUCCCACCUGGUAUUGUGCCCCCUGAAUUGCGAAAUAUCCCUCAGGUAACCAUGGAAAUGAGGCCUCCGCGUAUGGGACCACAGACGCCCAUGAUGGGACCGCAAAAUCCUGCAAUGGGACCACAAGUUGAAGUGCGCCGAAUUCCCAUCGAAUUGCGUCAUUUCUCGGCGAAUCCUAUGAGAGGUAUGCGACCACCAAUGCCUCAAGAACCGCAACAAGUACCCGUGAUGUAUCAACAAGUUGAGCAAACGGGAACGUAUGGUCAAGAACAGGGACCAGCCAUGAUGCCUCCGCCAGCACCACAGCCAGAAGCUCAGGUUCACGAACAAGGGAUUAUUCCUCACGUACUAAUCCCGCAGACCGAACAACAUCCAUCUCAGAUGCCACCGCAAGUGCAACCUCAAAUGCAACCCCAGAUGCAACCUCAGCCUCAAGCUCAGCCUCAACCACAACCACAACCGCAGCCUCAGAUUACUGAAAGACAACGUUCACCUUUCCAAGGAAUUCCAUUCGAAAUUCGAAGGAUCAUUCAACAAGUACCUCUAGAGAUUAAGAAUAUCAUUCAACAUAUCACUGGUGAAGCGAGACCUAUACCUGUACAAAUACCUGAAGGUGCUCGCCGCGAGAACGUUCAAGAAUUCAAACCGUUCCCGGAAGGAGCUCAGCCCAUUCCUCUGGGACUUCCACUUCCGUUAGAGGUUCGAAAUCUAUUGGAGCAUGGAAAUAUCGAGGGUCGCCAACGACCGGAUGGUUCAAACGAGCAACAGGAAGCUAAACCUUUCCCUGGACCGGAAGAUGAUAGCGAGGAAGAAAGGAACUUCCCUGUACCAGCGGAAAUUCGUAAUAUAAUUCAUCAGGUUGUAGAAGGUAAUGCAUUCCCACUUUCAAGAUUUGCUCUGCCAUUGAGACCUGUAGAAUCCUUGGAAAUACCUGUUGAGGCUCGCGCUGAAGUUUCUGAUAAUCAAAGCUCUGAACAAGAAUCAGAGCAAAGGCAGCAGGAACAACAACAAACGACUCACAUGAUGAUGCAACAACAACAGCAACAACAACAGCAAGUGCAACAGCAACAACAAGAGCAAGAAGUGGAAACCCGCCCACACUACGUGCAACCACGUUCGGUGCGUUCAAUCCCAGAGGCAUUCACACACCGCCGUGAGAAGCGUGUACGUCGUUGCGCUUGUGAUUGCGCCUGUUAAUUUCAGUUGCAGCGAAUCGGAUCGAAUGUCCCAUCAUACCCGGUCAAAGAGAAUGUCCCAAAAAAGAAGAAAAGCAUCUCGAAACAUGUUUGACGAGUUCUCGUAAACCGAAAGAACAUUUUUCAGGCGAUCCCUAACACGCGAACAUUACCCUCCUCGGAUUUCACAUUUUUGUAAAUCUUACGAAAGUAAACUGGACCUGGUACAUUACUUUUGUAGAAGACAAUAUAUGGGACGAAUGUCGCAGAGAUUAAAAACGCCGUUAAGUUUGUAGUAUUAUACCGCUAUAAAGCAGCAAAGUCACGAGCGUGUUUUUAUUUAGGCUGUUCAUAGUACGAUCGAAGAAAAUAAAAUGAUAAAAAAGAAAGAGAAGCUCGUGGCUCAGAAGAUACCGUAGAGAGUAGAUAUCUAUAUCAACAGAGGUACACCUGGAGAGAGGAAGAUCUAUUGAUUUGGAAUGAUAUUCUUUUUUUAACUAACACGUUUUCAAUGAAGAAAGUCAUUACAGUUUCUUCUUCUAGUGAUAUGACAAUCGCGUACAGGGAGAAAAUUGAAGAUACGAGGAAAUCUGUGAUCGUUUCUUUUAUUCGCGUCGAAAAGAGAUAAGAAAACUACACAGAAACAAAACAGAAGAAGAAACUAAUAAUUUUUUUUUUUAAAUAAUCGGAGAUAAGUUUGUAACCUUUUACGGCGAUCGCUGUAUAUUAUGUAGAUGUGGCUUAAGAGAAGCGUUAUUCAUUAACCAGCGUCGUAAUCAACAUUGACAUUUUCGUUUGGUUACUUUUAAUCGGUUGUGUGCUUAGAAGAAGCGAAAAUAAAGUGUGAAGAUCCUUCCGUAAAAUCCAAUUUCCGAUUUCGGCGUGUAUGUUAUUACUUUUUUCUGUACUUACAGCGUCAUUUCUUCCAAAACAUCGUUACAUCAUUUUUGCAUCUAUCCUAAAUUGUUUUUAAGGUAUGGAUAUUUUAUUAAUCUGUAUUUUCUGUAUUACAUACACACACAUAUAUAUUUCUUUUUUUCAUGACAAUUAAUAAAGCGAAAAGAUUAUUGGUUUAGACUCGA